AUGACGCCAACGCUUCGCCGCCCCACCAAGAAGACGCCCGGCCGCCCCAAGGCCAGGAAGCCUCGGACGUGCCACCGUUGCCAUAAAACGUUGAGCACGUCGACGAAGCUGAAGAACCAUCUUCUUCGGAAGACUGGCAAGGUAUAUUCGAUUAAACGCGAGUUAGACAAGGCGGGUUGGUGGGGGGAAAUCGAGGGCUACGAGGACGAGGAGACGAAGGAGGGUGACGGCGACGAAACCAUGGGCGGUGGUGAUACUGUGAAGGUAUGGCAGACUGCGCCUGAUAAUUUGCGGCGUGCGAAAGGUUUGGCGCGCCUAGAUUGGACGCAAGUCAUUCAAUUGCGUUAG